AUGGUUCGGGUUUUGUUACGAGCGGAUACUCACGUGGAUUUAAAAAUUCCAGAAAAUGCUCCGGAAGGAAAAUGCUCCAAAGAACAGGUUAUGGCAGCCGUUUCCGUGUCUUUGGGUUCCAUGAUUGUGGGCUUUGUCAGCGGGUACACGAGUCCCGCGAGUGUUUCCAUGAAAACACUUGAAAGCGAAUAUUUUCCAGUUAGCGAACAGGCUGUGAGUUGGAUCGGUGGCAUAAUGCCUUUGGCCGCUUUACUCGGAGGUAUCGUCGGAGGUCCGUUAAUCGAUUUUCUAGGACGUAAAACAACCAUUCUUCACACCGCCAUUCCUUUUAUUAUUUCAUCUUUGCUAAUUGCGUGCGCUACAAAUGUAGCUUACGUGUUAGUAGGGCGAGCCAUCGCCGGAAUAUGUGUCGGAAUAUUAUCUCUUUCGCUACCCGUGUACUUAGGAGAAACCGUACAACCGGAAGUUCGAGGAACGUUAGGACUUUUGCCUACGGCUUUGGGAAACACAGGAAUCCUCGUCUGCUUCUUAGCUGGAAAAUAUUUAAAUUGGUGGGAGUUGGCAUUUUUAGGAGCAGCAAUUCCAAUUCCAUUCCUUAUAUUGAUGACUAUCAUUCCGGAAACUCCACGAUGGCAUUUUUCAAAGGGCGAUUCGGAAAAAGCGAGAAAAUCAUUACAAAGACUACGAGGAAAAGAGGCGGAUGUGAGUUUUGAAUUUCAAGAAAUAGAAAGAACAAUGGCGGUCAACGAAAAAGAAGGAAGCGAAUCAGUAUUAAAAGACUUGUUCUCUUCGACCUGCGUCAAACCUCUUUUCAUUUUAAUCGGACUCAUGUUUUUCCAACAAAUGUCGGGGAUCAACGCCGUUAUUUUUUACACCGUUACCAUUUUUAAGGAUGCUGGAAGUACGAUCGAUGAAAACCUAUGUACCAUCAUUGUCGGUAUCGUUAAUUUCAUCUCAACGUUUUUGGCCACGGCACUCAUUGACAGAGCCGGAAGGAAAAUUUUAUUGUACAUUUCAAACGUUUCCAUGAUUUUGACACUCGGAACUUUGGGAACUUUUUUUUAUUACAAAAAUUCCGGUGAAGAUGUCACGGACUACGGAUGGCUUCCUCUUGCCAGUUUCGUUAUUUACGUCGUGGGUUUCUCACUCGGAUUCGGUCCCGUUCCCUGGCUCAUGAUGGGUGAAAUUUUACCAGCCAAAGUCAGAGGAUCCGCUGCCAGUCUCACGACGGCAUUCAACUGGAUGUGCACUUUUAUCGUCACGAAAACAUUUGCCGACAUAAUCGCGUCCCUCGGAAACCACGGAGCUUUUUGGAUGUUUUGCAUCAUUUGUUUCGUCGGUUGUUUCUUCGUUUAUUUCUUCGUACCCGAAACUCGUGGUAAAAGUUUAGAAGACAUCGAGAAAAAAUUCGCUUCGACGAAAUCCCCCAGACGAAGACGAUUGAGCAGCAUUGCCAAUUUAAAACCCACGCCUUUAUCGGCUUGA